AUGUCGGGUGGUAACCCAGAAAAGGUUACGCGAAACGCGUACCUGAACUUCUUUCUGCAACUUAGAGCAGAAAACCGCGAUAAACCAAUCAAGGAAGUGGCAAGCAUGGCGGGCGCGUGCUGGAGGGAGAUGCCACCCGACGAAAAGAAACCAUACAAAUCAAUGGCCGAGAGUGCUCCGUUCGUGUUUCGGAGACGAAGGAAGCGGCUUGCACGAAGUCGAGAUGGUUCCAUUGGACACGGAGGAAGACGACACAGGACAAGAGAUCAUGGACGAGGACAUCACGGAUCGGGACGACACCAUUCAAGGAGCGAAAGCCGGAGUAACAGAAGGAAGCGUAGCAGCUGA